CACAGAUCUCCUCAGAAACGUACAGUACAGGAAAGAUGGAAUUUUUAUUUUUAAAAAGUGAGACUUGAACCUGAACUAAAGCAUAUAAAUAAGUGGUAUUUAAGCUCUGAGGAAAACUGCGAGAGCCAGAACAAACCAACCCUAGAGAGAGGAAAAAAAAGAAGAGAAUGUACUUGAACGUUUAAUACGUUAAAAGUUUUGAAUGUAAUUCAGGGUUGUGGUUCAAGUCCAGGCAUCAGAUAUGCCUCUUUUUUUUUUUUUUUUUUUUUUUAGUUUUUUUUUUUUAGAAGGACUAUAAUGUUUUUGGCAUUACAUACAAGGGUUUUUUUUUUUUUUUUUUGGUUAUGAAGCGAAUUCUUCAGCACUUAAAUUUGUUAAUUAUCAUCAUAUAAAGUUUUAUUUUGGUUUCUCCACUUUGUUGCUAAUGUUAUGCAAAACCACCUUUUCCUACACGACCUGUUUUGAAGAACUGUUUGAAUAUUUGACCUCUUCAGACGAAGAGAUUCUGAGGCAGUGACUGGUUUUGUAGCUAUUGAAGUAAACGUGGAAACGUUUAAAGGAGCAUAUAUUUUAAUCUCAAAGUACUUACGUCUUGCUUUUAUAUUUUGUAUUAAAUAGACAGUGUAAAUUGCGUAUAUGUAUUGCCUAUAUUAAUUCAUGUUUCAGGUUGUUUUGUCCUUUACUGUUUGAUCAAAACUGUAAUGUUAUUUACUGUGACUGAGUUUGCAUUCAUUACACCAAUUACAACAAAAUAAUAAUGAUGAUAAUAAUAACCACCUUUUAUCUCUUGUACAUUCUGUAGUACUUUGGACAUAAUUGCUUGUUUGUGUUUUGUAUGAAUGCAAAUGUUUUCCCUGCCAUAUAUAACAAGCACAAAAAGGGCAUCAUAUAUAUAUAUAUUUUUUUUUAUAAUUUUCACACGCUCUUACAGCAUACUGUACUUAUUUCUUUUUUUUCCCUGUUACCAUUUUAACUUAUUGUAAUUGAGAAUUUAAGUUAUUGAGUUUUCUGUUGUGUGUGUGUGUGUGUGUGUGUGUGUGUGUGUGUGUGUGUGUGUGGUUUUUUUUUUUUUUUUUUUUUUUUUGUUUUGUUUUUCUUUUUUUUUAAACCGCACUGGCCGUGUGUAUAGGCUGAGUUUUUGGCCAAAUUGUUGUGUGUGUCAGAAAAGCAGAUGGGCCCUCAGUGUGUGUUCAGCAAGAGAGUGUCCGAGUUCAGUGCUCAUGCCCAUUGUUAGUUCAGUCUCUCAUCUAAAUUGUUUCAUUUGACUUGUCAAUUCUUAACCAGCGCCUGAUGUUCCAGAGCAGCACGUUCAAAUGCAACAGUGGUCUAUGUUUUUAAAAAAUUCCGACCCCACGAGAAUGGACUGGAAGAUUCUGUUUAUAUUUUCCUAAUCUCUGUGCUUUUCUUUGUGUAGCCAGUGACCUGUAUGCAGCCUGUUCUCGGUCCUUUCACUCUGCUGUGUGCUGUCCUGCGUGUCUGCCCUCUUGCAUAACCAGUCACUGGAAGUACAGUAAUUGGACAUGAUUAUUUUAUAAAUCUUUUGAUUUCUUUUUUUUUUUUUUUUAAGCGCUUUGUGUGGCGCCCAAGUUCUUCUUGACUUCUCGAUUUAAAAAAAAAAUCCAUUCUCCAAACCGCCAUGGAAACAGGAGAAAUUCUUUGUCGAGCAUAAUAAUGCAUUAGCUGAAGCCAAGAAAAAUAAAUAAUAAUAAAAAAUUUCCUGUAUGCUCAGCUUCCUUAAAUAUAUGGUCAGUGUGCUGUUUGUUUUUGUUUGUGUUUGAUUAUGUUUCUAUUUACUGGUGGCAUGUUCAUCUUCACAGUGCAUCAUCAUUUUGACACCCUUAAAUCUUAUUUACAACAUCUGGGCUGCUGUUGCUAAAGACUAUGGAAUUGCAUUUGAGGCUCAGGGAUACAAAUGCAUCUCAAUUGCAGAUGUGUGUGUAUAUAUGUGUGUGUGUGUGUGUGUGUAUAUGUAUGUAUGUAUGUAUGUAUGUAUGUUUAUAUAUAUAUUUGUGUGUGUGUGUGUGUGUGUGUGUGUGUAUAUUUAUUUAUUUGAAGGGAGUAGGUGGUUUUGGAUGUUUUACAUACAGUAAUUGAAAAUCUAAAUGUGUGAGGUUAUUAGAUAGCUGUUACUUUGAAAUAUUCUCACUUGGGAAGAAAAACAAAACUAUAAAUAUAGUGUGAGUGUAGGUGUAAUCAUUGCUACCGCUCUUUAUUCUGUAAGAGAUAUGGAAAGGGCUGAAUCAUAAAUAGUCCUUUACUGUAUUUAUACUGCACUAUGUAGUGUAAAGCAUUACGUAAACGUGUUGUAGUGUAGUGCGCUCGUUUCGAGAGCAGGAAGCCAUUUGGGAUGUCGCCAUGGUUGCUCUUGACUCCGCCCCUUUGAGUAAUAUUGACGUUACCCGUAGCAGAGAUGUGCAGAGCUCUGGAGACAGCACACACACGCGUACAUACACCGCGUCUCAGUCCUGCUCUUUUCUCCUAGCAACACGAACUAUUGACAGCUGUUCAUUACAAGGAUGGAUGAGUUACAGGAUGUGCAGCUGACCGAGAUUAAGCCCCUCCUGACAGACAAAAAUGGCCGAAACUUUCAGGACUUUGACUGUCAGGAGCAUGACAUCGAGACUCCCCAAGGUGUUCUCCAUGUCACUUUGAGAGGAACACCUAAAGGCAACCGGCCCGUCAUCCUUACAUACCACGACAUUGGCCUUAACCAUAAGUCAUGCUUCAACACUCUUUUUAACUUUGAGGACAUGCAGGAGAUCACGCAGCAUUUUGCCGUGGCACAUGUGGAUGCUCCAGGCCAGCAGGAGAAUGCAGCACCUUUCCCCACUGGGUUUCAGUACCCAACGAUGGAUCAGCUAGCUGAGAUGCUGCCCUCAGUCCUGACCCACCUAAAGAUCAAUAGUGUGAUUGGCAUCGGUGUUGGUGCUGGAGCCUACAUUCUGACCAGACUGGCACUGAAUCAGCCUACUCUAGUAGAGGGACUGGUUCUUAUUAAUGUGGACCCCUGUGCAAAAGGAUGGAUGGACUGGGCCGCCUCAAAGUUGUCGGGAUGGACCAGCAACCUGGUGGACAUAGUGAUGGCACAUCAUUUCAGCACAGAUGAGCUGACGGAAAACCAGGAGAUCAUUCAGACGUACCGUCUACACAUUGCUCAGGAUAUGAACCAGGACAACCUGGCACUGUUCUGCAACUCCUACAACAGCCGCCGAGAUCUAGAGAUUGAGAGGCCCGUCGUAGGGCUUAACGAGGAAACUGUCAACACUCUGAAGUGUCCUGCAUUGCUUGUAGUGGGUGAUACGUCUCCAGCUGUGGAGGCCGUUGUUGAGUGCAACUCGAGGUUAAACCCUACAAAGACCACCCUUCUGAAGAUGGCAGAUUGUGGCGGGCUGCCCCAAGUUGUACAACCUGGUAAACUUGCUGAGGCCUUCAAGUACUUUGUCCAGGGUAUGGGUUACAUGCCCACUGCCAGCAUGACGCGCUUGGCACGCUCUCGUACCCACUCAGCUUCCAGCAUGAACUCCGUGGAAGGCGCACGAAGCCGCUCUCACAAUAACUCCCAGGAGGGCGCUGCUGCCAGCCCAGGACACGAGAACCAAGCCAGACCACAAACCAUGGAGGUGUCCUGCUAAAUCUGCCUCUAAUUCUGUCUCCUUAUGCCACAUUUUCUCACAUAUUUUCCCUCAUAUUCAUAAAUCUGUAUGCAUUUGUUUGUUUUUUUAUUUAAAUCUUAAUCGGUUCCUGAUAUGUGCAUAUGAUGAAGACUGAUGUCUCUUUGUUAGAAGUGUUCAUGUUCAGAAGGCACUUGUUGUUGAGAAGGAUGCAUCUUCCUAUUGCUUUUUCGUACUAUAGAGAAGACCAAACCACAUCUCACAUCUCUCCGUCCAUCUCUUCAUUCCAUUUGAUUAUGGCGCACGCCACUGACUUGUAUUUUUUUUUUUUCGCUUUUGACCACAGUUUUCUGUUCUCCUGUCAAUAUUCUGUGCUUCGUGAAAAUAUCAGUCUCUAGAUUGCAGAAUAGUUGUUAACCUUGUUUUUCUGUACAUUCUCACAAAAAUCUAUUGAUAAGCAUGCCCUUUUUAAUGUAACUUAAUGGACGUGUAUAUUGGGAUUUGUUUUGUUCAGCUGUUUCUGCAGAUACUGUAGACCUCAACCACCCAUGGGGUAACUUUGCACUGUAACACAGAUGUAUUGAUAUAUUUAGACCAGAACACAGUUUUUCUGGCAUAGCUGCCUUUCAAUAAACUCUUAUGACUACUAGGUAAAACCCAUUUAGAGAGAAUGACCUGGGCAGAACAAACAACUUCACAAACACAUUAGUCUCUAUAGCCUAUUGAGAGAGGAAAAGAGAGACAUGGUCAUUCAUUAUAAUCUCGUAAUAGUUGUGGUGAAUUUAAUAAUUUAAACUAUACACU